AGAAGGGGCGGCCAUGCCCACCAGGCCUUUGUGACCCGCAGUGACAUGGUGCUCAGAGGCCAUUGUGACGCGGGUGCGUGUCAUGACCCUUGGGGCUGCCAAAGCCUGCAGUGGCCACUCCCAGGAGAGCAGCGCUCUGAGGAGGCAGCAGCUUCUCUGGAGGCAGCAGCUACCCUGGGUGAUUGUGGCCAGUGUUCAGCAGAGCACUCCCACAAUGCCAGAAAAGAAGGAGGCAAAUGCCCAUGGCCAGCCCCGUGAGGGGCAGCCACUGCUGUACCGGCGGCGGCACCAGGUGACCCCCAGGCAGCCACAGGCGGCACCUCAGGUCACCUGGACGAACCACACGCUGCACAGCGGCGGCACACGGCCGCAGAGACUGUCCGUGUCAGACUUGCCACCUCUCCAUGGCCCAAAGUUGCCAUUGGCACCUCUCUGCCAGCUCAACCCUGAAAUGCAAAGAGCAGCCUCUGCGAGGGUCAAGCUGCCCCAUCUGCCAGCAGCAGCAGCCCCUCGGUUUUCUCCCAGAGGCGCAGCACUUGCUGUGGGCCCCAUGGCCAGAGGCCAGCAAGAGAUGGUACCACCUUCACCAAGGGGCACUCUGGCUGCUGGCAGGGCCUGGGAAACACCUUCCCAGGCUAGGAGAGCAAAAGGCUCAGCGGCAAGGCAGGGCCACGGCCUGCCACCUGUGGAACCUGCACGUGGCAUGCAGAUCCGCCCUGGGACCCAUGCGGCUUGGAAGCACCUGGAGCACUCUGAGACAGAGGAGCUCAUCCAGGUGCAGGUAGGGCAUGGGGGCAACACCUGCAGUGACCUGUUUGCAGGCCUGGGCCCAUAUCUGCGGGAAAACAGGUCCGUCAAGUCCACCCUGAGAACCCCCAAGUGGUUAAGCGCCCGCCAAGAGGUGCAGGGAAUUAGUUGGCCAGCCAAACAAAUUGCAGAUUGCAAGCAGCUGUGCCCAGAGGAUGAUGAGGAUUUGAUGCGUCGUCUGCGUGAAAAGAGGGAGGAGCUGGAGCAGCUGGAAGAUAAAGUGUAUGAAGAGAUGUUUAGAGCCAUCUUCUCUUCCCUGGAUGACAACGACAGGCCCAUGAGGUCCAAGUCCAGCCUCAGCGAUGCAUCAAGCUUUACCCUGGAGCCAGCUGCAGGCCCCUCGGCCCCACACAACACUUGCAGCCUGACCAAUGAUGCUGCAGAAGAGACACAAACCUGCUCAGAACUUGUGUCUCUUGACCAGUUGUUGGCUGAGCUGUGCCCUGUCUCGGACAACUCACUGUCUUGCAAUGCUCUCGUCAAGGACUCCGCAGGAGAGACAGAUAACAACACAGGGAUUGCACAUCCUGACCUGUUGGCAGGCCUGUGCUCUGUCUCUGGCAACUCGCCAUCCUGCGCCUUUCUCGAUGAGCACGUGGAAAUGUGUGAGGAAGAGGAGCUCUAUGACGGAGCAACAGCAGGACAGAGUCACAGCGAGCCAGACAGCCCGUUGUCUCUCUCAAUGCAAGAGGAGGAAGCAGAACCACCAGCUUCUCCCAUAGACAGUGAUCCCUGCAUCGAGCACCACAGCCAGCCUCUCCCCACAGCAUUACUCAAAGACCCAAAUAUGUCUGUGGGUUGUGCCGUGCCUGCCGAUGCUGUGGACGAGGACGAUGCGGCAGACAUAGAUGUUGGCUGUGCCCGGGCCGCCCCUCCCCAGGAAAACCCUGUGGGGAUGAGCCGCCGGCAGGGCCGUGCCCGGUGCCUGCCCAGCCCCUGGCACGCAGUGUUCCUGCCUGCCCCGCUGGCAGUGCAGCCGUCCCGCAGCCCCCGGCCCCACGGCGAUGGCGCUCCAUGGCCAAGAGGGCCUGGCGGGCUCUGCGCCGCCUUUUCUCCUUCAGCUGCCUCAGCGGGCAGCCGGAGCAGUGAGCCCGGGGCCAGCACUGGGACGGUCACCAAAGAUGCCUCAGGGCUCACCCUGGGCACGCUGAGCUCCCAGGGACAGCGGCUGGUCCCUGAGGCAACAGCACCAGGGAGAUGA